AUGAAGCGCGUUACAGGCCUGACCGCCGUCGCCGUCGCUAUUACGAUUCUGACCGGAUGUUCGGCUGACGAGUCGGAUCUGUGGCCUUCGCUCGAAGCGACCGAUCCAGGAGGCAGCGCGCAGACCGCCCAGCAGCAGGCCCCAGUCGGCGGGCCGCUCCAGCUCAACACGGGCGUCUUCGAACCGGCCGGCGUGACACCGGGCCAGCCCACAGGUACGGCCGUCGGUGAGAGGGUGCAGGGACUGCGAACCGACCUUCAGCGCUUGCAGACACAGGUCGGCGAAGAGAACCGGCUGCUCCAGCAGUACCGGGGCGACGCCCGGGAAACCGCCCGCGACUACAACACGAUGGUCAGCACCAUCAACGCGCGCCUCCAGACCGGCACGACUCCGGGCAAUCCCGAUCUCGUACAGCUUUGGAACCAGUCGCAACUCGAACUGUCCCAGGUUGCGACCUCGAUCAACAACAUGAACGCGCUGGCCGCCAAUACCGGCGCCACGGCGUCACUUUCGACCUUCCUGCUCGACUCCGUGCGCGCGACCUACGGUUUGCAGGGCGCCGUCGACGAGGACCAUCGGCAACUCGCCAUCCUGGAGGACGAAACCAACCAGACCGUGGUUUUGAUCGAACGCCUGCUGACCGAGCUGACGGAGGACGUGCAGCGUCAGACCGCCUAUCUCGCUUACGAGCGUUCGGAGCUGACAGCCCUGUCCGUCGCGAUCCGGAACGGCGAGUUCUUUGCCGGUAGCCUGGGCAACCGCUCUUUCGGGAUCGCGCCGCCGCCGCCCUUGGGCGGCGCUGCCGGUCUUGUCGGCCGGACGCAGCCGCUGGUCGUGAUCCGCUUCGACCAACCGAGCGUCGAAUACGAACCGGCGCUCUACGGCGCCGUCAACCAAGCCUUGUCGGCGCGGCCCAACGCCGGCUUCGACGUCGUGUCGGUGGCCGCAGGCUCCGGCGCGCAGGGUCAGGUCGCCUUGGCCAGCGGCCGCUCCGUGCGGAACGCCGAGGCGGUGGUCCGCUCCUUGACCGAUAUGGGUCUGCCGGCCGACCGGGUUUCGAUCUCGGCGGCGACCAACCCGGCAGCGGCAGUGAACGAAGUCCACAUCUACCUUCGCUAG